AUGUCAGAAGAAUAUGAAGUCGAAGCCAUCCUUGACAAAAAAAUCACUAGAAAAUCAAUCUUUUACUUAGUUAAAUGGAAAAAUUUUGAUGAUUCCUACAAUUCUUGGGAACCGAUUGAAAAUCUUAGCAAUUGUAAAGAUCUUUACGAAGAAUAUGACAUUUCUCAUAAGACCAACCUAGUCGAAAACAUCCAAGGCAGUUUCGAUCGAAAUGAUAAAGUAAAACGAAUUUCUCAGAUUUUAUAUGAUGAUAUAAAUCAAGUUGUUUUAGGAGAAGUGGAAUGAGAAGACGAAAGUUUAUUUCACACUCUAUACCCUGUACAAGAACUCCAUAAAUACUGCCCUAGAGAAAUGUGUGAAAUGUAUAAGAAGCUUUUAAUACUGGAAUAUAAACCUAGUAGUUAA